AAGAAAGACGACAAGGCAAUUAGAAAGCGCGCCCCGCUGCGAAUCGUCGCCAUGUGUGGUGGUGGUGUUGGUGGCGACGACGCCGUCGACAUCGGCUACCGUAACUUCAACAACGGGGAAGUGUGCCGCUUGUCCGGUCGACGAGACAUUUGUGCAGUUGCGCGUGUCAAUGCGCACGCGACAAAUUGCGGACGCAAUUUGACAAUCGUUCGCGAGACUCUCGUGUAA